AUGGAACCGUUAGCUAUUUCUUUAGAUAAAUUACAGAAUGAAAAAACAUGUUUUUUGGGCUAUGUUAUUCCCACAAUAAUUGCAUUAAGACUGAAGUUACUUAAUUCAACAAGUUCAGUUUAUUGUAAGCCAUUAUCAUUAUUGAUAGUUCAAAGUCUGGAAAAAAGAUUUCAAUUUGUAUUUGAUCUUGAACAUUUAAAAAGCAAACCUUAUAUAUUGUCAUCAAUAAGUCAUCCAAAAUUUAAAUUAAAUUGUAUUCCUUUAAAAUUUAUGUCAGUAUGUAAAAAAUUAUUCUUGUCUGAAUGCAAUUCAUUAAAUUUAUCUUCCAACAAUUUAGAUUCAAAUGUAGAACCUGUUGAUAACGAUGGCGGUGACUUUUAUAAUAUUCAUAACCUCUUCAUGCAUAUUGGUAUCAUAUGA